CCAGGCAGAGAGGAGAGCCUAAAAUCGAGAUUUUCGAAACCCACUAAUCUUCCAAGAUUGAAGAACAAGGAAAGAGCCGACUCACUUUAAAGCUUAAUUGCGUCAUAUGCACCUAUUUACGUAGUAUUAUACAUCUUGAGGGGCAAGCACAAAACCACCGUUGUUCUACUAUCUUCCACAACAUCACUCCGGUUUUCCUAGAGAGAGAAAGGUGAUUCAUGGGAUUCCUUUGCAAUCAGUUUCUGUUGUUUUGGGGAUGGAUUGGAUGCUUGUGUGUGUUGGGUGAUCGCAGCGAUGAUGCACUGAUAUCACCAGAAGCUUCCGUAGUUAAAGUGGGACUCAGGCUUGUAGUUUAAGAUCAAUUACGCAAGUUGACUGCUCUUCCCUCGUUAUACCUGGCAGACUUUCUUAUGUUUACUAUUGGAGAGAGGGGAAAGGAAGCUGAUGGUGUUUAAUUAAGGAGAACUAGAAAACAGACUCUUAGUAGGUGUUGACAUGAUCAAGGAAAGAGCUUCUGCCGUCAUCUCUAGAACAAUGAGUCAAUGAUAUUAUUUAGCCAAUUGUUUAUCUUUUUGUUUCUCAAUCAUCUCUUGUAGAAAGCAUGGCCUAUUUUAAUCAGUGAAGUACUGAGACACCUAUGCGGUCCCACAUUAGUGUCAGUCACGCCGGGACAAGGAUACUUUGGAGACACGACGGUAUACGUACGGGACACUUCCCUGUUGAUGUUAUUGUAUUUUAAGUGGGGACAAGUGUCUCAAGACUGACACAUGAGGACACCGUGGGGUUCGCUUAUUAAAUUUUGAUAAACUAGUCACUUGUGCCUUAUGAUUUGUCUUUUUAAUGAAUCUUUUGUUAAUCAUGAAGAAUCAUAACUAAUUUUCCAAUUUUCGGUAAUCAUGAAAUUUUUUGCUAAAUUGUUAAAUUUUCCAAUUUUCAUGGAAGAGAUAAUUAACUGAUGUGGGACGAACUCCAACACUCCCCUGAACGUUUGACCUCUGACUCGCAUGUGGAGAGGUGACUUUGAUUUUUUAUGGCCAACCCCGAUAGUGAAAAUGAGAAUGGAUGGAUAGAGAGAGUGAAGGAAGAAGGAGCUGUUCCACUUCUUGAACCAGAAAACUGUCCAAAUGGCUGGGCUUCUCCUCCCGGAGACAUUUUUCGGGUUCGUGGUCCAGAGUACUUCUUGACAAAAGUUAAAAUUCCUGGUGGUGAGUAUCUUUUGAAGCCACUUGGAUUUGAUUGGAUCAAAGGUCCCACAAAGAUUUCAGAGGUCUUAAAAAAUCCGAAAAACCGCGUCAGGAAGGCUCUUGAUGAUGAAUUUCCAACUGGUAAUAAGCCUUGUGUAUGGGCAUUCAAUCUACAAGUCCCAAGCAAGGAUAAUUAUAGUGCGAUUGCAUAUUUCGUAGCCACAGAGCCGAUUCCAGAUGGAUCUUUGAUGGACCAGUUCUUGAAGGGGGAUGAUGGGUUUAGGAAAUCAAGGCUUAAAUUGAUUGCUAAUAUUGUCAAAGGACCUUGGUUAGUUAGAAAAGCAGUAGGGGAGCAAGCUAUAUGUAUAAUUGGACGAGCACUUACUUGCCAGUACUAUGUAGCGGACAAUUUCAUAGAAGUAGAUAUUGAUAUUGGAUCUUCUAUGGUUGCAAGUGCAAUUGUUCAUCUGGCUUUUGGUUACCUAACAACACUUACUGUUGAUCUAGCUUUUCUAAUAGAGAGCCAAACAGACGCAGAGCUUCCGGAACGAAUUUUAGGAGCAGUAAGAUUUUCUGAGCUGAAUGCUGCCGCGGCUAGGCCAGUUGAGCUAUCAUCUGAUGGAAGUGCUGCUAAUUCUCAGUCAUCCCUACCAACGCGGUUUUGGAAUUCCAUUGGGCAGGGCUUCUCCAACUUUCUUGUUUCAGGUGCUCACGAGAGCAACUCUGUAUCUAGCUCAUCACAUGUCAAUGGAGCUGUUGAUCCUGAACAUGGUGGAAAGGAGGUACAGGAAUGAUCAAGUUGGUGCCACCAUUCAUGUAUCAUAAUCAGAGAAGUUGAUCUAGCCAUUGAAGAUUUGUAAAUUUAUUUAUCGAAGGGGGCAUCCAGUUUUUGCAGAAUUGGUUGUCGACUUUCAGAUAUGACUCACUUGUCUUUCAUUUAUUUUUAUCCGGGGGAUUCAAGCAGCCGUGGAUCUCCUCUUUGUCCGAUUUGUGCACUCUCCGAGAUGAUGUUUUAUCCUGGUAUCCGAACCAAUGACAUUUGAACGUUUUCUGUGUCCAUAUGUACAGUGUACAAAAAAUUGCUGUAAAGUUGUGUUCAAUUCCGAAUCCAAUUGUAAGCAUCAUUUGUUGAUUUAUGACAGUUAUUUGUUUCUUCA